UGGAAGGCAGGGGCCCUCUGCCUGUCCCAAGACACUAGACUUGGUCUCUCUCCCACUGCCUCUCUCCGAGCCUUCCAGCCCUUCUUUGUGGAGCUCACGAUGCCCUACUCUGUGAUCCGCGGAGAGGCCUUCACACUCAAGGCCACUGUCUUAAACUACCUUCCCAAAUGCAUCCGUGUCAGUGUGCAGCUGAAUGCCUCUCCAGCCUUCCUAGCUUCCCAAAAUGAAAAGAGAGAAGAAUCCUAUUGUAUUUGUGGAAAUGAGUGGCAAAUUUUGUCUUGGACAGUGACUCCUGAAACUCUGGGGAAUGUGAACUCCUCAGUGAGUGCAGAGAUAAUGCCGUCUCUAGAACUGUGCAGAAAUGAGGUUGUUGAUGUCUCAGAGAUUGAGAGGAAAGACACUCUCAUCAAAACCUUACUGGUGGACAUAAGAAUUUUCUCCUUCAUUUUGACUUUGGCCAAGUUGAUCACUAUGUGUCUUGAAGAUGUCCUAUUUGGUAUGAAUCUUCCUGCUAUUCGAUGA